AUCCGCCAUAUUGUCUGCUGAAGCUACGGCUGAAGCUGCCGUGCUGCCGCCGCCAAGUAGGAGCGAGCGGAGCCGCGAUGGGAUAGCAGUUUCCUUUUGACUGGAGUUGGAGUGGGGCUGGAGGAACCUGCGAUAGAAUGAGAGCCGACAAGUAGAUUCAGGCAUAUUGAGACCAUGGCAAGCCCAGGGAAAGACAAUUAUCGAAUGAAGAGCUAUAAGAACAAUGCCCUAAACCCUGAGGAAAUGAGACGAAGAAGAGAGGAAGAAGGCAUUCAGCUCCGGAAGCAGAAGCGGGAGCAACAACUAUUUAAACGGAGAAAUGUGGAGCUGAUUAAUGAAGAAGCCGCCAUGUUUGACAGUCUCCUCAUGGACUCCUAUGUGAGCUCUACCACUGGGGAGAGUGUGAUCACCCGAGAGAUGGUGGAGAUGCUCUUUUCUGAUGAUUCCGACCUACAGUUAGCAACCACACAGAAAUUCCGGAAACUGCUCUCCAAAGAGCCUAGUCCUCCAAUAGAUGAAGUUAUUAACACUCCAGGAGUGGUGGAUCGAUUUGUAGAGUUUCUGAAGAGGAAUGAGAAUUGUACGUUACAGUUCGAAGCCGCCUGGGCCCUAACGAACAUCGCCUCCGGAACCUCUCAGCAGACCAAGAUUGUCAUUGAAGCAGGGGCUGUCCCCAUUUUUAUAGAGCUGCUUAACUCAGACUUUGAGGAUGUACAGGAACAGGCAGUCUGGGCACUGGGAAAUAUAGCUGGAGACAGCUCCGUUUGCCGAGAUUACGUCUUGAACUGCUCCAUCCUUAAUCCUUUGUUAACACUCCUUACCAAGUCCACACGACUGACAAUGACACGGAAUGCAGUUUGGGCCCUGUCAAACCUCUGCCGAGGAAAGAACCCACCCCCUGAGUUUGCAAAGGUCUCCCCUUGUUUGCCUGUGCUGUCUCGCCUACUCUUCAGCAGUGACUCAGACUUGCUGGCAGAUGCUUGCUGGGCCCUUUCUUAUCUGUCUGAUGGCCCCAAUGAAAAGAUCCAGGCGGUCAUAGACUCUGGAGUCUGCCGAAGAUUGGUAGAGCUUCUAAUGCACAAUGAUUACAAAGUGGCCUCUCCUGCCCUGAGAGCAGUUGGUAACAUCGUCACUGGGGAUGACAUCCAAACCCAGGUCAUUCUUAACUGUUCAGCCCUCCCUUGCCUCCUUCACUUGCUGAGCAGCCCCAAGGAGUCAAUCCGGAAGGAAGCUUGCUGGACCAUUUCAAAUAUCACUGCGGGCAACAGGGCUCAAAUACAGGCUGUCAUAGAUGCAAAUAUCUUCCCUGUGUUGAUCGAAAUUCUUCAGAAAGCAGAGUUCCGCACAAGGAAAGAGGCAGCCUGGGCCAUCACCAAUGCCACAUCAGGAGGGACUCCUGAGCAGAUCAGGUACCUGGUCUCACUGGGCUGCAUCAAACCCCUGUGCGACUUGCUGACGGUGAUGGAUUCGAAGAUCGUGCAGGUGGCCCUCAAUGGGCUGGAGAACAUCCUUCGGCUUGGAGAGCAAGAGGGCAAGCGCAGUGGCUCAGGAGUCAACCCCUACUGUGGCCUCAUCGAAGAAGCCUAUGGCUUGGAUAAAAUUGAGUUUCUCCAGAGCCAUGAGAACCAGGAGAUCUACCAGAAGGCCUUCGACCUCAUUGAGCACUACUUUGGUGUAGAAGAUGAUGAUAGCAGCCUGGCCCCCCAAGUGGAUGAGACACAACAGCAGUUCAUCUUCCAGCAGCCCGAGGCCCCCAUGGAGGGCUUCCAGCUAUAAUGUCUGCCUCCGGGGAGGGGAGGGGUGGGAAGCACCACCAGCCAGCGGAGAAGCAGCCCUCUGGUGGGCGGGAGACCAGCCCCCCCAUCAUCAGCCACCAUACACCUCUGCUGCCCUGGAAACUGUGCUCUUGACCUGCUCCACCCCCUUCCCUGGAGGGAGCACCCUCUGGACUGACAGAACCAUCUGAGGCUCACAUUUGGGUUUUGUGACAAGAAGGGGACGUGUUGGGUUUUUCUUCCUUACACUAUAUUUUGGCUGCACACAUGUCUUUAACCCAGGAGCCCAGGGGUAGACAAAGGAGGACUGAGGUAAUCAAUUUUGCACCUUUUUUUAAUUUUAUUUUUUCUUUAGUGGUGACUUCCUUCCCUUUUAUCUUCCUUCAUCCUUCCCAGUUCUCUGCCCUGAUCUGUGUAACUCUUAUCUUGGGUACUUGAGCAGAUGGAAUAUUCCAGAGGUUGGGGGUGGGAGGGGAGGGGAGAAAUCCAAAACAAAGUGUUCUUGCUCUGACAGAAUAUUAAUCUUGUAUGCUUGGAUUGAGUUAUUUAAUUUUUUUUUCUUUUGCACAUUUUUCUUGUAUUAAGAUUGCUCUUUCCAAGAGCCACGAGUUCCUGGUUUUAGGAAUCCCAGCUGCCAGCAUGGUCUGGGACUAGAGGCUGAGGGGGAGGCCACCAUGAGACAAAGGCCCCUUCCUCCCUCUAACCUUUUCCCAGACCUCUUUAGUGUGGGAUACCUCCUUCCCUCUCCAGGGGCACGUACACCAGUGGGAGGGGAGGGGAGGGGCACAGGCCUUCAGCCGGGGCUUCCCACGUGUCGCUACUGAUCCCAUGUUUCCUACCCACCUUCCUAUGGUGCGACCCGACUUCAUUUGUUUACUUGAAAAUUCCCCUCAGAGUUGAAUGAACCUCUGAGGUAGCUGUAUUUUCUCCUAAGCAUGAGACAGGGGGCUGUGGGCCUUCCUCUCUCCUGGGGAGAAAGUCCUUGCUCUCGUGACCCCUAAGUUGCAGAGGAGGCUGGAGUGAGAGCGUCAUGUAUUGGGAUAGCCAGGGAUCCCUGCCUUUGGCCUUUCUUCUUCCUCUUCCAUAGUUGGAUCAUGUAUAUUUUACUUCCAAAGGAGAGAAUGUCAAAAAGUUCUGUAUUUUUUUAUAUUCUAUAUAUUAGGUAGGUCAAUCUUAAUUGGUCUCAAGAGGAAGAGCUGUCUGUAAUUUCUAAAAGUAGGAUACUGUGAGGAAGACCAAAAAGAGAUGGGGAAGCUCCUUUGCUCAGGGAGCCUGAGCUUGGUCCUCUUCGUCUCUGCUUAGGUUCUGGGCCACCACCUGGGACCAACCCUUAGCGCUGGAACCUGUACAUAGCAGGUCAGCCUGGUCUGAUUGUCCCAGUACCUGAAGGGAGCAAGGAUGGCCCAGGGCCCCGUGAAGUCUACCACUCUAGUCCUUACUGCUAAGCCUCCUGCUUAUAUUAGAAAACCCAGAAAGCAGUCUGCCUUCUCAGAUUCAGUCUCAAAGGCCCUGUCCACAUAAGUUAUCACACAUGGCUGCUUCUCUGGGUAUCAGGGAACUUAGCAGCCUCCGGACUUUUGUGAGAGUUACUGGUAUCUUUCCUGUUUGAAAUCCUUGGACCCGGUUGGGUCUUGCCCUAUCUUGUGACAGUUGUAAUCCUAAUGCCUCUUCUCGCUGAGGAAAGCUAGUGUGAGGCUUCAGUGGCUCACUUACGCUUUGGUAGAUUACGUGAUAGUAGAGCCCAGUCGAUGGGGAGAAGGGCGGAAAAAGCUGCUGGUCCAGGGUAGACCGGCUGCGGAGCUGCGGGCACACCCUGCCCCGUUCCUGCUUCCCCACUGUGGUCGGUCGGGUGCCUGCGCCAGGCUGUAGUUUACCUUUCCCAGAGACUGUGCCACUCUUGCUCCCAUUCCCACAUGGCUCAGGUUAAACCUCUACCCCUCUGCUUACAGAGCUAAAGGUUAGGUGCUCACUGUCGGCCUUUGGUCUUGAAUUUGCCCUCUCCUAGUGUUGAGAUCCAACUCCAGAACCAUUUUCUGAGGAAUGUGGUUGGGGGCUUGUGGUUGUCACUGAAAAGUCACACCAAUGCUGCUCCACUUUAGUGAGUCAAAUGCUCUUCUUCAGCUUAGGAAUGCCAACUACCAACCCACAAGUAGGCAAGGGGCAGGACCCUUGUCGCUUGACCUGCUGACUCCAUUACAAAACUAUUCUCCAGUUCAAAGAAAAGCCACCUGUCCCCCGCCACACACACUCCUCCCCGUCCUUAUCCAAAGGGCAAAGCACUUUAGUAGGACCUAUUUUAUACAUCUCAAGCAAUAGCUGAGCCCCUGACAUUGGGGCCAGAUUUUUCUCGUGAGACAUACACAUCCUGCUUUUCCCAGCUGCACCUCUAAAAUCUUAACACUUCAGAUCUGGGACCUGUACCAGAUGGAAGAUUCUCUUUUGAUCUUCUGGCUGCUGCUUAAAGCCAGUUUUCUCCAAGGACUUCAAAGGUGAAGUCUCCCAGGGCACAACAUGAGGACAGAUUUCUCAUCAGAUAAAGUGGCCUCUAGGAGCUUUCCUUUGCCAGUGUCUUCCUCAGACCGUAUUUUCCCAUUGUUUCCCUCUAACCUACCCUUCCAGCCAGCAGGCGAGGUUCUUCCAGCCCACAGGGGCACUGAUACGUCUUCUCUGUCUCCUCCUCUCCUUUGGCCCUCUGGGGAAGCAAAACAUUAUUUCUGUAGUCCAGCCUUGACAGCCACUCUUCGUGGGCAGCCCCCAUCUAGACUCUAGACCCUGGCCGUGGUGAGGUCAAAGGGCACGUUCUGGUAGAUUUCUGAAUGGACGUUACAGGGAUGAAGGGGCUCCCCAGCCUGUCGCAGGGAAUAGCCUGAAAAGACAUGCUUUUGGAAUCUUCCUAUUUGGGCACAUGGCUAGUCUAGCCAUUUUAAGGUCCCUGGUGGCGGUGGAGGUGUCUGGCGUGGGUUAGGAGACAAGGAGCCGCCGCCUUAGCUCGCGUGCUCCAGCACUGCUUUGAACGGUGCCGGCUAUUUUUUUGCCAGCCCCUCUGGUUAUCCCACACCCCCUACAUCUUCUCUAAUACUAAUAAAGUCCCUAGUCUCAGAAACCUGCCUUCAGUUCUGAGCUAUCCCCAGUGACUACAGCCUUCGGUUCUGGUAGAACCACAUGGGUUCCACUUUCAGCCGGCCAGCCUAAGUUACUUGGGGCAGUGCGUACAAAUGACCCUUCCGAGGAGCAGGCAUUGAUGACCUCAGCUUCCAGGAACCCUUGCUGUUCCUCCCUGCUUACCUAGAACCCUUAGAUCUGCCCCUUUGACUCUUUGCCCUGGAAGCCACUUUCCCAGAGCCCUGGUUUUUGGAGCUAAACUGCACAGAUUAUGGCUGCUACUGUACUUGGUCAUGGAAGAGCAAAAGAAGGCUCUCGGGCACACUCUCUCUCUCUCUCUCUCUCAAGCCGCACCAGUUUGAAAUGAAAACCAUCUUAGCAGAAUGAACUAGAUUUCCAUUUUCUCAUGUCUACCUGCCUUUCCUCUACAUCCCAGACUUAGCGAUUCUAGCAGACCAGAAGGGAAGGAGGUGAACACCUAGAGUGCUGCCCCCGCCCCCGCCUUCCCUCAGUGUCCCUCUUUGGAGGCCUCAACUCAUUCGUUCCAGCCACAACUCCCUAAGACUCACUCCGCUCCGUAUCCGUCAUCUCGGAUUCCUCAGUAGCUUCAUCUUGUGAGCUCAGAUUCUGGAGUUUGAGUCAAGGCAGGGAGCUGGAAGGAGAACAGGCUGGCUGGAGGCCUCAGGCUGGUGUGCCUCUCUGGCAGGGGCAAGGCUCAGUGUGCCGACCCAGAGGAAGUGCUCACAACCAGCAAUGACAUCUUCCAGGUAGGACUCUUAGAAGUGAGUGUGUGAGCUUGAGAAUUUGCUCAGAGUACAUUUCUUCCACAGCCGUUUAGGAUUGCACAUUGUAGACCAAUCUUGUCCAGUAUUUUUUCUGUGUCUUAACUUUUGAAUUCUUUUGUUAAGCCAGCAAGCUGAGAAUGUGGCCCUGCGGGGAUCCACGCGGUAGGCACUAGCUGCUCUUUGGCCAAGGCCUUGAUAAAUGAUUCAGUCAUCCCACUGUCUACGCCCUAGUCUCACCCCCACGCUCAGACCAUGAUAAGGGAAGAAUUCGAAGUCAGUACCAAUCAAGUCUGAAUUAAAGGUGUUAUUUUUCCUCUGGGAGGGAUUUUGCAUCAGGCCUGAGGUAUGUGCAGAACCAAAACUAGGUGCGGGAGGGAGUAUUAACUUGCGGGUUGGGCCCAGAACACCCCAGAAAAGGUUUGUGUAGUGUGUUAUAAAGGUCUCUGGUGGGGCUGGGCCUACCUUGCUCUGGGUUUGGGGAGAGAAAACUGCCAUGCCCGGCAGGCAGUGAAGGAAGUCAAAGCUCAGAUCCAGAGACUGGCUGGGAACCCCCGACUCUGGAUGUCUUUAAUGAGUCCACCUCUACAAGAACUCGCAGGCCCUGGAGUUAGGUACUGUCUCUUUUAGCCAGCUUCUGUGGGAACUGCCUUCGGCUGAACCACUAAAGAAGCGUGGUGGGUGGGGGAGCAGUAUGAAGUCCCGGCCACCCAAGACAGACUGGAUGUCCUUAAAAAACAGCCUGGGUUCCCAGCUAAGACCCUAGGACGCUGAAUCGAACCUUCUUCCUCACUGGUUUAUUCUUUCCAAAUUCAUUUGCUUUUAGUUUUCCAAGAACUAUAAACUCUGGCUGUUUUCCAUGUUCUCAGGGCCCCUGGGUAGACAGACAAAGUUUGAUGAUUUCAGAGCAGACAUAGGCCAAGAAACCAUGGCAUUGAGUGUGCUGAGUCCAGACAAAUGAUAUUUAUAUACACAUCCAAAUUUGAAGAGAAUAUGUAUUUCUUUAGGUUUCAAACACUGUACUAGAUAUAAAGCAAAAAUAAAAACCUGUUGCAAAGUUCUAA